ACAGGAUUUUCUCAAUUUUUUGUAUGUUAUUUCGUUUGUGGUUCUCGGAGUCACGUUAGGGUUCACAUAAAGUUUAUAAAGACGAUUCACGUUAUGCAGGCUGGUUAAAACUCGAGUCGUUCUUAGACUUUACAUUUGACAGCUAUAUUGAUCAUAGAGGAUUAGCAAAGUUUUAAUUGAUUCAAUUGGAAAAAUCAACGACAUGCUGCUUCACAUAGCAGGAGUCCUCCUGUUAAUUGCCAGUAUUGCCGAUUGCCAGAAAGUAAAAUCCGUUAAAACAAAAACAUCAAAGUACACUUAUAUGGCCCUUAUUCCAAGAUAUGUAAGAGCAGGAAGCAAUUCGACCAUCCAGGUGCUUUUCGCUAAACCUGUUAUUAAUGAAAUAUUGACGGCAAAACUGAUCCAGAUUCAGCGGGCUCCUGGUGGUGUGGAAACACGGACGGAACAUUCUGCUGUCACUGUGAGCGUACCUAGGAUGGCGACGAAUACUAAACUAUAUCUACCGAUUCCUGUAAACCUGUCAUGGGGAAGCUAUGAAGUACAUAUUUCGGGUACUGGUCCUAUACCGUUUAAGAACUCAACAUCGGUGUUAUUCCAGAGAGCAAAAACUCUUGCUAUCUUUGUGCAGACUGAUAAAGCAAUGUAUAAGCCAGGGGAUAAAGUGCAGUACAGAGUUUUUACCGUUGAUAGCAAGUUGAGUUUAGCAGAUCCAUUACUGAAUAUAGAAAUCUUCGACCCUAACAGAAAUAAGAUAGAUGAACUGAUGGGGGUCAGAAACAAAUUCGGUAUAGAGGGUUACCUUCAAUUAUCAAAGGUAUCAAUGCUUGGCCAAUGGAGGAUACAUGUUCAAGUAAAUGAAACUGACGAGAGCGAAAGCUAUUAUUUUGAAGUGAAAAAAUACGUGCUUCCCCAGUUUGAAGUAACCGUGGAGCUAGACGCGUUUGGAAGAGCAACAGACACGUUUCUAAACGGAAGAGCUAAAGCAACGUAUACAUUUGGAGACCCUGUUGAUGGGACAUGCGUUCUCACUAUCAGCAAACGAUAUGGAUCCGGAUUCUAUCACCCUAAGGCUGUUAGAACUAAUUUGACACUGAUCAAUGGAGAAGCUACAUUCAGCGUACCAAUGGACCUGGUUAAAACUUUGAUUCGAGACAAACUUGAUUACGAGACGUUUCUGGUCCAUGCAAAUUGUACUGAGACAAUGACUGGACAAACUUUAGAAGGGGAGGGGGAAAUUCGUUACCAUAGCAAUCCAUACAAACUCGAAUUCUUCCCAAAUAUGGCCGAUAACUUCAAACCUGGAUUUGAUCCAUACAAAGUGUCUGCGAAGGUCACACUGCAGGAUGGUAGCCCACCUGACUUUAAACCAACAGACAACAAAAAUGUCCUCUUUACAUUCACCUUCUUUACUGAUGCUAAAGUCAUAGAACAGAUACCAGACAGAGUAACAUUUGAUAAUUAUUCCCUUAUCAACCCGUUCAUCAACGGAGAAGUUAUAUUAAAACAGACGAAGACAUACCCAAUUGCAGCAGACGGAUCAAUUAAGUUUGAUUUACCGAUUCCAGCCAAUACUGCCACGUUUUCAAUAAAGGCAGAAUACUCUGGAGUAAAUGCUGUAAAAGAAGUAAGCAGAUUCAGAUCUCCAACCGACAGUUUCCUCAGAAUUCGAAUGUUAAAUUCAAUGUCUGCACUGAAGAUUAACGACAUCGUCACUAUGGAAAUUGACAGUACAAUUGGAGGAAUAAAUAUCAAUUGGAUGAUUUUAUCAAAGGGAGUAAUAGUUGAUUGCUCUGAUGUCAAUGUUGGUGUGAACCCGAAUAAAGCAACAGUUCAGUUCAAACUAACACGGGAUAUGACUCCUUCAGCACGAUUUAUUGCCUACUACGUAAAACCUGAUGAUGAAGUUGUAGCUGACGGACUAAAUUUCUUCAUAGAAAAUAUAUUCGAAAAUAAGGUUACUAUACAUUUCACUCAGCCGUCGCCACAGAAGCCCAAAACUUUGGUAGACCUGGUUGUUAAAGCUGAUCCUGAUUCGAUGGUUAAAGUUCUUGCUGUAGAUAAAAGUGUGAAGCUGCUUGGGGAAGGCAAUGACAUUACGCCCAAUAGGGUGGUAGAUGAAAUGAAUCAGUUUGGAAAUACUGUUAGGAUCUGGAGAGAUUGGGGCCCUAUCCUACCAUGGUCAUUUACUGCUGAUGAUGCUUCUGAUAUUUUUGAUAAUGCCCAGAUCAGAGUUCUUACUGACGCUCAUCUUUACAGCUUUGACCUAUGGUCACAGAGGUACGAUUUAGGUAAAGUGAGUAGUGUAAGAAGUUCAGGCAGAAUGAUGCAAUCAUCUGCAUUCAGUGCUAAUGAUGCAGUGGGUGGAUCAGCAGCCCCAGCUGCUGCACAAGGUCAAGUAAGGCAAUACUUUCCUGAAACAUGGAUCUGGGACUCGAAAAUAGCUGUUGGUGGUACAGCGACGUUUUCUAAAGCACUACCUGAUACUAUAACUGAAUAUGUUGCCAACGCCUUUGCUCUUAAUGAGAGAUCUGGUCUCGGAGUUGCACCUUUCCCAGCUAAUAUGACGGCGUUAUUGCCUUUCUUUAUAAAGGCACAGCUGCCAUAUUCCAUCGUCAGAAAUGAGAUCGCUGUCAUCCAGGCAAAUAUUUUCAACAAACUUGAUAAGGACUACAAUGUCAUGGUUACGUUAGUGGGUCAAGAUGAUUUUGUCGGGAUAACUGUUGGUUCUUACAGCAAAGUAAAUGAGAUCACAGGGAAUCAAACCAAAUGUGUUUUGGUAAAAAAAGGCCAGGCAACACCGGUUUAUUUUAACAUCAAACCAACAAAGGUUAUGCCAGACAUGAGGAUUGUAAUUGAAGCAAAAAUUGCAGGACCACCUGUUAUAUUUGAUGUAGUUAUUAAGGAUCUGAUAGUCAAGGCGGAGGGUAUUCCGAAGUCAAAGAACACGCCAAUCCUUGUUUCCUUCCAAAGUAACAGUGCAACUACUGUAACGACAGAUCUAGUAUAUCCACCAGAACUAGUUCCAGAUUCAGAUUACGUUAGAGUUACUGUGUUCGGUGACAUUUUUGGCGCAUCUUUUGAGAAUCUUGAUAAAUUGUUAAGAAUGCCGUAUGGAUGCGGUGAGCAAAACAUGCUCUACUUUGCGCCAAGUAUUCAAGCCGCCUUAUAUAUGAAUGUAACCAACCGCAUUGACGAUGCCAAAAGAGAAAAGAUAAGGAACAUACUGAAGACGGGAUAUCAACGUCAGCUUCUUUACCAAAGAAAUGAUGGCUCGUUCAGUGCGUUUGGAAAUGCAGAUGAAGAAGGGAGCUUGUGGUUAACGGCCUUUGUUGUUAAGUCAUUUGCUCAGGCACAUAAACUUGAUCUGAUUUUCAUUGAUAAUAAUGUUGUUGAACGGGCUGUAAAAUUUAUACUUGAUCACCAGUAUCCAGAUGGUACUCUUAACAAUAUUGGUAUCGUGAGACACAAAGGUCUGCAGGGUGGAACAGCUGGCGGCAAAGCAAUGCUUGCUUACGUCCUCGUUGCACUUCAAGAAGUCAAAGAAUCUGAAAUUAUGAAGGAUGACCAGUUGAUAUUGAGACUGAACAGUGCCAUUGUGUCAUUGAGGAGUGCUUUAGAAUUGAGGGUUCCUCAGAUGAAUUCAGAUUAUGAAAUGGCAAUUGGUGCUUACGCUCUGGGUCGUGUAAACAGUAUUCAUAGAGAUACAUUGCUGACUGGCCUAGAAAAUAGUCCAAAUAAAAGCAUCGCUGGUAACAAGAAAUAUUGGAAGAAUAAAUUACAUUCUCUUGAAAUCGAAAUUGCAUCAUAUGCUUUGAUGACAUAUACAAAAAUGAAUCAACAAGCUAACGGUUUGCCAAUUCUCAGGUGGCUUAUUGAGACCAGAAAUCCAUACGGGGGAUUCUUUUCAACUCAGGACACGGUAGUGGCACUCCAAGCUCUUGCCGAAUUUGCAGGACUUAUUUAUAGUAGCAAUGUUGAUAUGGUCAUAGAUAUUUGUCGCGACACAUGUGCUGUACCGGGUAACAAAGAGACGAUCAACUUGAAUAGCCAGAAUCAUGAUAUGCUACAAUACGUCGAGUUUGUUGAAGGAAACGUUGGAAGAAUUGUAUUGGAUGUUAAAGGUCAAGGAUUGGCAUUAAUAGAUAUUAACCAAUUUUACCACGUCACCAGCGAAACAAGCGACGCUUAUGAUUUAACAUUGACUCCGUUUGAUGAUACAGCAAAUAAAUAUUCAUUGAAAGUGUGUGCCAGGUACAAGAUACCAAAAGAAAAAAGUAACAUGGCAAUUAUUGAUUUUGGAUCGAUAUCAGGAUUCAAACCAAAUGAAGACAAAAUUGUUUCAGACAUUAAAAUAAAAAGGCGUGAAUAUGAAAACGAGAGGCUUGUUCUGUACUUUGACCAGAUUCCAGCUACACAAAUGUGCUUGACCGUUCUUUUCCAACGAACGUCCACCGUUGCCGAUGUACUACCAGCAACAGUCGAAAUUUAUUCCUACUACGAGCCAUCGGAAACUCUGAUGAAGAACUACAUGCCCCGGGCGUUAACCAGUAGAAAGAUGUCGCUGUGUAAAGCGUGUAAUUUUGCGUGUUGCAACGAAGACAACUUGAUAAAUAUUACGCAAUGCUAACAUUCUGCAAGUCACUGGACACACUUGAGGAAACUGCCUUGAUACAAUUACCAUUUUAUCUGCAGUUCAUUUUUUUGCAUAUUAAACAAUUAUUAACCGAC